AUGCGCAUCGCAGCGGCUGUUGUCUCGGUGCUUGCCCUUGCUGGCCCUGGCGCUGCCAGAAAUAGGCGCCGGGAUCUUGGCCCUGACAUCCCACCAUCCGCUGAUACCGCGACGGCGCCAAAGAAGUUCAUCCUUGAGCUCGACCAGAACGCCAACAAGAAUGCGAUAGUCAAAGACCUUAAUGAGCGUCCUGGAAGUCGCGUCCUGAAGGUCUUCGACUCCGAGGUCUUCAGGGGCGUUGCUAUUGAGUCCGACAGCGAGAAUACUGACUCGCUCGAGGCUAUCGUGCCCGUCCGCAAGGCAUGGCAUUCGAAGCCCAUUCAACUCGUUCCUGUCAUCGCUGGAGACUCCUUUAGUGACGAUGCUCAGGCUCUCAACUACUCUAUUCAUUACAUGACGGGCGUGGACAGGCUUCACGAGCAAGGCCUUUUCGGUAAAGGCGUCAAGGUUGGUGUCGUCGACACCGGUACCGAAUACACUCAUCCCGCUCUUGGGGGAUGUCUUGGAACAGGAUGCAAGGUUGCAGGUGGUUACGACUUUGUCGGUGAUAAUAACAGUUGGCCAUACCCCGGAGAGGAGCGACAGCCCGACAACGAUCCGAUGGAUUAUGGUGGACAUGGAACCCAUGUUGCAGGCAUCAUUGCCGGCAAAAGUGAUGAGUUCAUCGGCGUUGCCCCUGAAGCAUCAAUCUAUUCGUACAAAGUGUUUGGGCCUAAUGAAGGCACUGGCGAAGAGGUCUUGAUCGAAGCAUUCCUGAAGGCAUAUGAAGAUGGGAUGGACAUUAUCACAGCUAGUGUUGGCUCUAUCGGCGGCUGGAGCAACAAUGCCUGGGCACUCGUUGCCUCGCGCAUCGUGGACCAAGGCGUUGUAGUGACCAUCGCAGCCGGCAAUAGUGGCGAUGUUGGUCCAUUCUUUGCUAGUAGUGGCGGAUCUGCCGAGAAGGUUCUGACUGUCGCUUCUGUUGAAGCCUCGAUCGUUGCCGCCCGGCAAUUCGCGGGAACCUUUAAUCUUGACGGGCACUCGAACAGAACCAUCCUGGGAUACCGUCCCGCUGAGGACAAAUUCCCAUCGACGGUUGUGGACUGGCCAAUUAUCCCCAUCACUCUCAAUAUCACUGUUGAGGGCGACGCAUGCGAGCCACUGCCUGAAGACUUCCCCGACCUUUCCCAGACCGUUCCCUUGGUACGUGUUGGGGGUUGCGAGACGUGGCAGAAGCAGCGCUGGGUCCAGGAGCGCGGCGCAAAGCACAUUCUCUUUUACAUGGACGACAAUCCUAUCAUUUCGUUCUCUGGAUUCGGAUGGGAGCAGAGCCAGUGGGGUCUUCUGUCGAAGGACGCUGGCGAAGCGAUCGUCAAGACUGUCAUCGCCGGCGGCAACGUGACUGCGGACUUCUCGCUUGACCAAGACAGCAACUACGUAGCUAUGGUCAAUGCUGGUGGCGGUCGCCCAUCUGACUUUACGUCUUGGGGCAGCACGUUCGACCUCGAGCUCAAGCCAGACAUCGCCGGACCAGGCGGAAGGAUUUUCGCACCGUUCGUCGGGCAUCGUUACCGUGACAUCAGCGGUACCAGCAUGGCAACCCCGUACAUUGCCGGCGUUGCGGCACUAUACAUUGGAAAGCAUGGUGGUCGUGCUAGACAUGGAGCUGCCUUUGCCCAGACUCUGCACGCUCGCAUCGCCAGCUCUGGCCGUUCCCUUCCCUGGUCCGACGGCUCGACCAAAGACUACGGGCUCUGGGCGCCGCCUAUUCAGCUCUCCUGGGAGAAGUUCUCGCUCAACGACACGCACCACUACUCCAGGUACCACCAGGUUGAUAUCACCAACAGUGGCGAAAAGGAGAUUGAAUACCAGUUCAAAGUCCAGGAUGCUGGCGGUUUCGAGUCGUACUGGACAAUUGACUCCGCAAGCGCCGAUACAUAUGCGGUACCCAGGAUCAAGGACUUUGUCGAGAUUGAGCCCUUUCAGAUCCGUCCCCAGGUUAGUCUACCGUCAGGAACGUUCCGCGUUGCACCGGGACAGACCAAGACUGCCAAGUUCUCUUUCAGCGUUCCAGAAGGGUUGAACGCUUCUCGCAUUCCCGUGUUCGGCGGCAAGAUCCUCAUCAGCGCCAGUAACUCCGAAGCACUCUCCGUUCCUUACUUUGGUGUGGGAGCCAGCAUCAAGCACGAGUUUGAUGACCUGUUCUACACGUCGGUUGGUUACCCAAGAGCCGUAUCCGGUGUCAACCGUACGGAUAUUAAACAGAAGUCAAGCUUCACCUUUGACCUAAGCUUGGGCUCUCAAGACUUCGUCAAGCUGGUGCAUGCUCUUCAAUGGGGCACCCGAGAGCUGCGAUGGGAUAUUUUUGAAUCCUCGUACCGCGAGCGCCGGUGGAAGUAUCCCCCAGUUGUGGGCGAGAACAACUACGUAGGGUCUGUGGCCAGCUUUGAUGUCUACAACAACCUCAACUACCCGGUCUUCGACCCGGCUUCCAACGACGAGAACAAUACGUUUUCAUAUCCCCUGCAGGAUGUGUCGCGUGACGCACCUUACGAGUCGUGGUGGCUCGGCAGGUUGGCCAACGGAUCAACAAUCGCCCCGGGCAAGUACAAGAUGCGAUUUGCUGCGCUUGCGCCUUUCGGCAACCCCAAGGCUUCGGACAACUGGCACGUUUGGGACGCCCCUGAGAUUGAAGUGCUCUGA